AUGAUCUCUCUCGAAAGCGAGAGCGAAAGACCGGUAGUGCGAACGAGUGAGGAGAAUGAUAUUCUUCAACGAUCAAAGAAAAAAUUUAAACGAGCGCUCUCUCCAUCUCAGUUGGAGGGGGGUUCUGAUGUGAGUAUGAGUCCAAGUCGUGUUGAGUCCAAUGAAGGGAACAUUCCCCAGAGAUCCUACAGUCAGGCUACCAGAGGUUUCGAACAAACUCGAAACCCAUUAUUUGAAGGGCUCAAUGAAGGCGGCGACUUUAGUUCCGAUGAAGAAGUGGUGUCCGAUGAAGAAGAAGAGGAUUCUAACUGUCCAACAAUUCAUCUAACACGUGAGGAAAAACGACGAAUCCGGUCCCCGUGGAGAAAUGCUCUAAUUAUAAAAUUGUUUGAUAAACGAUUGGGAUACGAAGUCUUGAUGCGUAGACUGAACCAAAAAUGGAGCCUAAAGGGACAAAUUGCGCUAACAGAUGUUGGCUAUGCGUAUUAUGUGGUUAGGUUUUCCAACAAUGAAGACUACAAUUUUGUACUGACUCAAGGGCCUUGGAUGAUAGGAGAUAGCUAUCUCACUAUUCGAAAAUGGACACCUAAUUUUGUUUCAGAUGAAGCUCCUAUUAAAACCCUGACUGCGUGGGUUCGGAUUCCACAUCUUUCAGUGGAAUACUUUGACAAACAUGUGCUGCAUAAAAUUGGGUCAAAAAUAGGCAGAGUCAUAAAAAUUGAUAGGAAUACGGAAUCAAUGGAUAGGGGCCAAUAUGUGAGGUUCUGCGUCGAGGUAGAUCUCACUAAACCUCUUUUGUCCAAAUUUAAACUGAAUAAGAGAGUGUGGAUGAUUCAGUACGAGGGGUUGAAAAUGAUCUGUUUUAAGUGUGGCCAUUUAGGUCAUAAAGAAGAUGGUUGUCCAGUAUUUAGAGAACCUCAGUCGGAAGAGCGUGUGGUUCAGGAUACAGCAGGGCGGUCAAAUUUGGGAGCUUAUGAGACACAGGACUCAGGUUGGCAAUCCGAGGUGCAAGACAAAUCUUAUGGAGCAUGGAUGAUUGUCCAACGUCAAGUAAGGCGAUAG